GAAGGCGGAGGCGAGCUGGAAGAGAAGGAAAACGGCAACGGGGGUAGCGUACGAGGACGGAGAACGCAAAGGGAGUCGGGAAUCAGGCGGCUACCGCUGCCAGAAGAGGACAGAGGGAGCCUAGGUCUUCCGCGUCUAGCCAGCUCGAGACUCGCGACCACCUCCCGCCAGGCUAUCUCUCUCUCCUCUUUCAGUGUUCGUUCGAACACGGCCCGGUACGGUUCUGUAGCUCCGUGGUCGAAGGGGUCCUCCUCGUGAUGGGAGCUCGAAAUCGCGGUGGCAUCGGCAACGUCACCCGGUAGCCCGAUUCCAACGAGCCACACCGAUGUCGCGGGGCUCGUCAGGGUGACGCGUGGCCGGUUCAUCGACAGCUGUCGGUCUCUUCGGUUACUCCGUUCGGUUUCCGUAUACCGUUCUGAAUCCCCGCGCUCAGGCGGCGACCGAACACACCGAAAAUAAGGGAAACGGAGCGAGACGAACGGAGAGGGAUUAUCGCGAAAGAUAUAUAUCCCCAGGAUAAGGGGCAGAAUACUCCGCAUCGUGAACAGAGGUGGAGACCGAGAGAGCGAGAACGAGGGGGAGAGUGUGCGACUCGGGCGCGAUAAAGGGCGUGCGAGAGAGUGUGAAAUUCGAGAAGGGGGCUGUACCCAUAGGCAAGUGCGCGUGCAGAAACGAGGACACCUAACAGGGAGAAGCCACGUCCGGUUGGGUACCGAUGGGGAAACGCUAGCUGAGACCUUGACGCGGAUGGAAGACGCAGGUAGCUGGCUACGUGUUCGAAUCACGAGGACGCGUGUGCUUUAGCGCGGGGAACCUCUAGAUUCCUCGCUAAACCGGUGUGUCGCGGCAGGGGGUUGUGAGGGGGGGUGUAAACGCAGAUCGGCUGUCGCGAAGUUCAUCCGUCGCCUCGCCGUCCUCUUGUUCCUGUUGGAUCGAACGCCUCGCGAAUCCGUAAACGAGGAAAAGAUGUCAGGGAACUACUCUGUCCGUUGCGAACCUGGCCUGGUGGUGCCUAUGUGGUAUCCGGAGGAGAACCUCGAUCUCUCCGACAUCGUCUUCCGCGGGAUAGUCUACUUCCUGAUGUUGCUGUACCUGUUCAUCGGCGUGUCGAUCAUCAGCGAUCGUUUCAUGGCGGCGAUCGAGGUGAUCACGUCCAAGGAGAAGGAGCUGGUGGUGCGUCGUCAGGGCAAGGAGCCGCAGAUCGUCGUGGUGAGAGUGUGGAACGAGACGGUGGCCAAUCUGACCUUGAUGGCGUUGGGCAGCAGCGCGCCAGAGAUCCUGCUGUCGAUCAUCGAGAUCUGGGCGAAGAACUUCCAAGCGGGCGAACUGGGACCUGGCACGAUCGUUGGCUCCGCCGCGUACAAUCUCUUCGUCAUCAUCGCGCUAUGCGUGUUCGUGAUACCGAACGGCGAGACGAGAAAGAUCAAGCACCUGAGGGUCUUCUUCGUCACCGCGACGUGGAGCAUCUUCGCGUACGUCUGGCUCUACGUGAUCCUGGCGGUGUCCAGUCCAGGUGUUCUCGACGUUUGGGAGGGUGUGUUGACCUUCUCCUUCUUCCCAGCCACCGUGCUCACAGCCUACGUCGCCGAUCGGCGGUUGCUGAUCUACAAGUACCUCCACAAGGGAUACAGAAUGAACAAGAGAGGUGUGAUCGUUCACGCGGAGGCUGGAGACUCCGACGGCGGGGUGGAGCUAGACAUCAAGCCGCAACAGGACAGCUUCCACAGCAUGAUGGACGCGGACACGCCCGAGGCGAAGGAGUUCGAGCAGACCAGAAGGGAUUACAUCAACACUCUGCGAGAAUUGAGGAAGAAAUACCCGACGUUGCCGUUGGAACAGCUCGAGGUGAUGGCCCAUGAGGAGGUACUUGGCAAAGGUCCAAAAAGCAGGGCCUUCUACAGGGUCCAAGCCACCAGGAAGAUGGUGGGUGCUGGGAAUCUCAGCAAGAAGAUCAGCGAAAGGGCACAGAGCGACCUGAGCGAGGUCAAGGCCGAGUUACAAAGGCAGGAGGCGGAGAGCAUCGACAUCGAGAACGUAAACGCCAUGAGGAUCUUCUUCGAGCCUGGACACUACACCGUGAUGGAGAACGUGGGAACAUUCGAGGUGGGAGUGACUAGGGCUGGUGGUGACCUCGCCAAACCUUGCUCCGUGGACUACUGCACCGAAGAUGGCUCCGCGGAAGCUGGCUCGGAUUACAUCAGCGCGAAGGGAACUCUGACCUUCGAUCCGGGCGAGACCAAGAAGACCAUCAAGCUGUCUGUCAUCGACGACGAACUGUUUGAGGAAGACGAGCACUUUUACGUCAGGCUAAGCAACGCCUCGCAGCCAGCCAUGCUGGUGUCGCCCAGCCUGGCCACCGUGAUGAUCCUCGACGACGAUCACAGCGGGGUGUUCGGGUUCCCCGAGAGGGACAUCGAUCUGGUGGAGAGCGUGGGACAGUAUCCCCUGCGAGUGGUGAGAUACAGCGGCGCCAGGGGACGCGUAGUCGUCCCCUAUCGCACCAUCGAGGGGACAGCCAAGCCUGGCAAGCAGUACCUGCACACUGAGGGCUCCCUCACAUUCGAAGACAAUCAAACCGAAAAGGUGAUCACUCUCUCGAUAAUCGAGGAGGACUCGUACGAAAAGGACGCCCUGUUCUACGUGGAGCUGGGUGAACCCCAGCUGCAGGGAGCCGAGGCAGGGAUCGCAGUCGCGGCGGAAAUGAAACAACCGGAAGAGAGAACAGCGGAGGAGAAGAUGGCACUGCUGGGGAAACCGAAGCUGGGCGAGGUGGCCAGGGCUCAGAUAAGGAUCAAAGAGUCCAAGGAGUUCAAGAACACGGUGGACAAGCUGGUUCAAAGAGCCAACGCGUCCAUACUACUAGGCACCAGCUCAUGGAAAGAGCAGUUCACGGAGGCGUUGACCGUCAGCGGUGGCGACGAGGACGAAGGUGAAGGAGCUGCUGAGGCAGCCACGCCAUCCACCAUGGACUAUCUCAUGCACUCGGUCACGAUAUUCUGGAAGGUGCUGUUCGCCUUCGUUCCGCCGACGGAUAUCGCUGGCGGUUACCUGUGCUUCGUCGUGAGCAUAAUCGGGAUCGGCGUGGUGACAGCCGUAAUCGGGGACGUGGCAUCCUACUUCGGAUGCACUUUGGGAAUCAAGGAUUCCGUCACAGCGGUGGCUUUCGUCGCUCUUGGCACCAGCAUUCCCGACACGUUCGCGAGCAAAGUGGCCGCCUGCCAGGACAAGUACGCCGACGCGAGCGUAGGAAACGUGACCGGAAGUAACGCGGUGAACGUCUUCCUAGGGAUCGGCAUCGCAUGGAGCAUAGCAGCCAUUUACCAUGCCUGCCACGGCGAGAAGUUCGAAGUAGAGCCUGGCAACUUGGCCUUCUCCGUGACGUUGUUCUGCACAGAAGCCUGUAUGGUGAUCCUGGUCCUGCUGCUGAGGCGGACGAAGAGCAUCGGCGGCGAGCUUGGCGGACCUAAGGUACCGAAGCUGAUAACAUCCCUGAGCCUCUUCUCCCUGUGGGUGUUCUACCUCGUUAUGUCGACCCUCGAGGCCUACGGCGUCAUCGAGGGCUUCUAAGGAGUCCCAGCGACGCCCAACGUCGGCCUACCUGCUGCUGCGUCUCUAUCUUAUCACUUGCGUCCGCCAAGGCGUGUGCUCAACGAAACGUUCUCUGGGCAAGUAUACUACUCUUCUGGAUGCGCAACGAUGCAACACUAUCCACGUGAUAUAUCUUCAGGCUCCGUUGGUACAGGGUGUUCCAUUAAACGUAGACCAAACCAACACACUAAACCUACCAGGUUUCAAACUUUUGCCUUCUCUUAUAAAUCCUUUGACUUAUGUAUCGAUCAAGAUGCCAAAGUCCUCCUGGUCACAUCUAAUGCUUCGAGUCUAAAUUACGUUUUCUCUUAAAAAUCCUUUAAUUUACGAAUAAAAAUGAAAGAAAUCCUCCUGGUCUUCUCCGAUAGCAUGAAUGUUCGACUCAGCCUGUACGUAACGUUAAAGAACCACUCCCCUCCGCUAGUUUUUGCGUAGUACAUUAGCUGGUCCAAAGGGACACGACACACGCGUAUAUAAUCUCAUGCGUUCGGGUCAUCGUCUUCUCCCAAAGCCAAGCUUAAAUAUAACUUCGGCUCGUAGCCCACGUAAACACGACCAAGAGAAUAGUUUCCCCUCGGAUUUGCCCGACAAGCGAACGACCCGAAUCCCCUCACGCACACGAAUACCGACGAAUUGCUAUUAGGAAACGAAAGAGGGGGAGUACGAGUAGUAUAAUGUCCGCGUGGCUGGACCCUGCCAG